AUGCAGACGUUUCAGACAAGUUUGACCUGUUUCUACCUCCUGUGCUGCCUCUGCCUGACCGAUUCCCGGCAGCUUAAGUUUGUCGUUGCUGUGUUCCGACACGGCGAUCGAUCGCCUAUUGAGUCGUACCCCAGGGAUCCACAUGGGGAGGAAGUGUGGGCUCAAGGCUUUGGACAGCUCACUGAGCUGGGAAUGAAACAGCAAUUUGAGCUGGGAAGAUUUCUGCGAAGGCGUUAUGGAAACUUUCUUGGUGAAGACUAUGACAACAAAGAGCUAUACGUCCGGAGCACAGACUACGACCGCACUCUGAUGAGCGCCCAAGCCUGCCUCGCUGGGAUGUUCCUUCCUGCCAGGCGCCCGCCUCCCAUCAUGCCCCAGUUACUGUGGCGUCCCAUUUCGGUGCACACCAUCCCCAGGGCCCAGGACAAGCUGCUGAAGUCUCCAGGGAAAGACUGUUCCAGGUUCAGGUCCCUGAUGACAGAGACCUUCGAGAGUGCCCCCUACCAGAGGUUCCUCAGAGCCCACCAGAACUUCGUGGAGACACUUUCUAACUACACAGGCUACCCGGUGUCCAGACUGGUUGGUAAAAAAAUAUGGAGGGUGUACGACACGCUCACCUGUCAGAGGAUCCAUAACUUGACUCUCCCUCGCUGGGCUACCCAUGACGUCCUGGACACCCUGAGGAGAAUCGCAUCCUUUGAGGUUACAUACAGCAUCCUCAGUCACAAGCGAAAAGAGAAGGCCAGGCUCUCUGGAGGGAUUCUGCUAAGUGCCAUCCUGAGGAACUUCUCUGAUGCUGUGGAGCAAGGCCGCCCUCUUAAAUUCAUCAUGUACUCCGCUCAUGACUCCACACUCAUCACCCUCCAGGCAGCUCUGGACGUCUACAACGGGUUCCUUCCUCCGUACGCCGCCUGUCAGCUCUUUGAGUUUUACCAGGAGUAUGAUGGAUCCUACUCAGUGGAGCUGCAUUACCGCAACGAGUCCCAGCAUGACCCCUACCCCAACCCAGUGCCAGGAUGCAGUGGGUUAAACCCCUGCCCCUUAUCCAUGCUCACUGAGCUGCUGCAGGACGUUAUGCCACAGGAGUGGGACGCUGAAUGUGGCUUCAAUACAAAGUGGUCAAGCACAGGUAUGAUAACAGCUCUUGCAGUGGCAGUAGGACUCCUGACGGCGGCGCUGUUGUUCAGUAUUGGGGUGGCAGUCCACAGGAGGAGAGCACAUUAUUCCAGGGAAAUGUAGUGCAGAGGAUUAACACAUCUGUGCUGAAAAACGAAAACAAGCAUGGAAGAUAUUCCCGCAAAUCAAAUGUAUUUAUGUCAUUAAUAUGUGUUGUGUGCAAGCAUUAGGAGCACUUUUGUUUUUCUC